GCAGGUAGAAAUACUGGCAGGAAUAAAGCGUUGCAGCAGCAGCACUAGUAGUUUUUAACGCCUCUACAGGUUCUACAGCUACUCGGUUCUUAUACUGUUUAUACAAUGGAAACGAAGAAGGUUCUUAACUUUGGUUCCGGACCUGCGAAACUUCCACAAGCUGUUUUGAUUCAGGCCCAGAGGGAACUGCUGGAUUACAACGGUCUUGGGAUUAGUGUCCUUGAAAUGAGCCACAGGUCAUCAGAUUUUUCCAAGAUAAUCAACUCUGCUGAAACUCUACUUCGUGAACUUCUGAAUAUACCUGAAAACUAUAAGGUUUUGUUUCUGCAAGGUGGUGGUACAGGCCAGUUCAGUGCUGUACCUCUGAAUCUGAUCGGUCUGAAGGAGGACAGAUGUGCUGAUUAUAUCGUAACUGGAACCUUUUCUGCAAAGGCUGCCAAAGAGGCAGAGAAAUACGGCAGGGUGAACGUGGUGCUUCCAAAAGUGGACCGGUACACUGGGAUCCCAAACAGCAGCAGCUGGUCACUGAACCCUUCAGCAUCCUAUGUCUACUACUGCUGCAACGAAACGGUCCAUGGCAUCGAGUUUCACUUCAUUCCUGACACCAAGGACGUGAUUCUUGUCAGUGAUAUGUCGUCAAAUUUCCUAUCAAGACCAGUAGAUGUAUCAAAGUUCGGGCUGAUAUUUGCAGGCGCACAGAAGAAUGUCGGAUGUGCAGGAGUCACUAUUGUGAUCGUAAGGGAGGACCUGUUGGGAAAAGCUUUGAAAGAGUGUCCUGUUGUACUUGAUUAUAAAGUGCAAGCUGCAAAUAAUUCCCUUCACAACACCCCACCUACCUACAGCAUCUACAUUAUGAAACUGGUUCUGGAGUGGAUCAAGAAUAACGGAGGCACAGACACCAUGAGUAAACUGAGCAAGCAGAAAUCCUCUCUGAUCUAUGACAUCAUUGACAACUCCAAUGCAUUUUACUCAUGCUUAAUUGAUGUGAAAUGCCGGAGUCACAUGAACAUUCCGUUCCGCAUUGGAACCAGCGAGGGAGACGAAGCCCUGGAAAAAGUGUUUCUGGAAGGCGCUUCCAAACUUGGAAUGAUGUCAUUGAAAGGUCACAGAACGGUUGGUGGAAUACGAGCUUCUCUGUACAAUGCAGUGUCUGUGGAAGAUGCUCAAGCUCUCGCUGCCUACAUGAAAGACUUUCUAAAUAAGCAUCAGCCUAAUAAAAUGGAUCAUUAGCCUACAAGUUUUAUUCCUGAGUAGCCUUAAUCACUAAUGUGUUUUUGUAGUAAUGUGAUAAUGGAAAGAGAUCCAUUUCUGUUCUGGCUAGCAUUGUCUGUCUUUAUCUAGGGGUAUUCAUGCAGCUAUGGAAUGGCUGUUUUCUAAUAUAAUGGGAUUAAACACAUUUUGUGUCUUAAAUUAAAACUUGAAUAGGUUUUUGAAUCCCACUCCUCUGGCCAGAAGCACUGUAUCUUGUCAUGCUGUUUUGCCUAGUAUGCUAAUAAGUGGGUUUUUUUUUUUUUUUUUUUUUUUUUUUUUUAAUUAAUUAAAAUGUAACUUGACAUUCUUGUAUGAACCUUGACCUGUAGGUUUUGAGCAGAUAAACAAGGACUAGAAGAUACAGUACAGUCUCUACAUAUGUAAGCAUAUGGAACAUGAUUUUGGGAAUUCAAAUGACUGUGGAUCAUUUCAUUAACUGUUUACUAAUUGACUUUUAAAAAUAAAUCUCAGUAAUCAUUA